ACUUCUCCUCAGCCCAUUUUAAAUCCUUCUUCGGAGGACUUUCCAGUACUUCCAUCAUCCGGGUCCACAAUAACCUCGUCCCCACAACAAACGGUCGUAUCCAGUCCUUCCCCAGUCUCUACCCCGUCGCUACCUCCAUCUCCCUCGUCUUCCGUCUCCCCAGAUGACAACAGCAGCAACGUCCCUUCGACGCAAGCUAGUUCUCCGCCACCCACUAUCCAACCGUUGCCUCCUCGUAACCGUCGUCUUCCGCCUCAUCUCAAUGACUUUGUUCUUCAUUCCGCAAAGACAGACACUCCGCCUUCCUCAUCAUCUAGUACAUCUUCAUCCGGUACUCGGUUUCCUAUUACUAACUUUGUUCAUUAUAAUAAGUUACAUGACAGGUUGAGCCGGGGGUCUCUUGGAAACAGCUUCCCUACUUUCAAAUAGGGGCAAGUUUGUAGUUGUGGGGUGGUUUCUUUGUUGGAGCUUCCAUUAAUGGCGGAUUUAGUGAAGCAGAUACUGGCAAAGCCGAUUCAGUUAGCCGACAUGGUGAUUAAAGCCGCCGACGAGGCUUGUUCCUCCAAGCAAGACUGCGGUGAGAUUAAGUCCAAGACCGAGAAACUGGCGGCGCUGCUCCGGCAGGCCGCACGCGCCAGCAACGACCUGUACGAGCGUCCGACGCGGCGGAUCCUCGACGAAAUCGAACAGGUCUUGGAAAAGGCUCUGGGUCUGGUCCUCAAGUGCCGAUCCCACAGCAUCGUCAAGCGCGUGUUCUUCAUCAACCUCGCGGCGGCGUUCCGGAAAAUGCAUUCCCAAUUGGAGAACUCCGUCGGGAACGUGUCCUGGCUCCUCCGCGUCUCCGCCUCCGCCUCGGCGGACGAGUGCCUGGGCCUCCCUCCCAUCGCCGCCAACGAGCCCAUCCUAUGCCUGAUUUGGGAGCAGAUCGCGACCCUCCACACCGGCCCUCCCGACGACGCCUCCGCCUCCGACGCCGCCGCCUCCCUGGUCUCCCUCGCCCGCGACAACGACCGGUACGGGAAGCUGAUCAUCGAGGAAGGCGGGGUGGGCCCACUGCUGAAACUCCUGAAGGAAGGCAAACCGGAAGGCCAAGAAAAUGCAGCCAGAGCAAUCGGGCUUCUGGGCCGCGACCCGGAAAGCGUGGAGCAGAUAAUCGUCGCCGGCGCCAGCUCCGUCUUCACCAAGGUCCUCAAAGAAGGCCCGAUGAAAGUGCAGGCGGUGGUGGCCUGGGCGGUUUCCGAAUUCGCCGCCCACUACCCGAAAUGCCAAGACGUCUUCGCCCAGAACCACAUAAUCCGGUUGCUUGUCAGCCAUUUGGCUUUCGAGACCGUCCAAGAACACAGCAAAUACGCCAUCGUCGGGAAAACCACCUCAAUCCACUCCCUGGUUUUGGCCAGCAACAAAACCGCCAAUAAAAAUUCCACCAAUUUGCAUAAUGUGGUUGAAACCACAGUGGCAAUGAAAUCCCAUCAUCAUCAUCAUCAUCAACACCAUCACUACCAGAACAGUCUCUCAAUCAAAUCGAGAGAAUUUGAAGACCCAGAAACCAAAUCUUUCUUGAAGUCAAUGUCAGCCAGAGCACUCUGCCGCCUAGCCAAGAACAACCAUUCAAUCUGCCGGAGCAUAACGGAAUCAAGAGCCCUCCUCUGCUUCGCCGUGCUUCUGGAGAAAGGCCCGGCAGACGUGCAGAACAACUCCGCAAUGGCAGUGAUGGAGAUCACCGCCGUUGCAGAGCAGGAGCCGGACUUGAGGCGUUCGGCGUUCAAGCCCAAUUCCCCAUCCUGCAAAGCCAUCGUUGACCAGCUCGUCCGGAUCAUAGAAAACCCGAAUUCCAAUCUCCUCAUCCCCUGCAUCGUCUCCGUCGGGAACCUGGCAAGAACAUUCCGGGCAACGGAGACGAGAGUGAUAAGCCCACUGGUAAAGCUCCUGGACGACGACGAACGGGAAGCUGACGUGGCGAGAGAAGUAGUCGUCGCGCUGACGAAGUUCGCCAGCAAGGACAACUACCUCCACAUGUACCAUUCCAAGGAGAUCAUAGGGUGCGGUGGGGCCAACCACCUGGUACAGCUGGUGUACCUGGGAGAAUCCAAAGUGCAGAGCUCGGCUCUGGUUCUGUUGUGCCACAUCGCCAUGAAUGUGCCGGACUGUGAGGAGCUGGCGCGAGCGGAGGUGCUCACGGUGUUAGAGUGGGCGUCGAAACAGGCUAACAUUGCCGCGGCGGCGGCGGAUGACAAGGCGGAGACGCUGUUACAUGACGCCAAAAGCAAGCUGGAACUCUAUCAGUCCAGAGGCUUGAGGGGAUUUCGCUGAUUAAAAAAAAAGACACUCUUAUUUGAAACUCUUUUUUCCUCUACGAUCAAUGAUGCUUCAUUAUUUUUUGUUUUAUUUUGUUUGUUUGUAUACAAUUAUACAAAUAUAGUUAGGGAGUAAAACUUUAAAAUAAAAUUUAUAUAGUACUCCCUCUGUCCACCAUAGAUCUUCCCAGACACUAUUCACAGGGUCAAACUUUAUUCACUUUGUUUGCUCAUUUUUACUAGUCAUUUCGUAAAAUAAUAUAGUCUUGUCACCUCU